GAGCGACUUCUUCAAGCGAAGGGGAAGAGCUCGCCGUCUCCGCAGGGAGGCAUGAUGCUGUCCUGGCUCCAGGGCCGGUCCCUGGAUGGAGGGGCCCUUGGUGCAGAGAGAACCGUCAAUGCCACGGAGUGGGCUGCUGUGCUGUGCUUCGAGCCCGCACCGGCACUGCCGCCAGAUACAUGUCUGGCCGAUUUCGAUGAAGAGGACGGAACUUUGGUCGAGAGGUUCGCGCGCCUCCUCGUGGAGCCAG